GAUAUAGUAAAGCAGCCUGUUUUGUCACGAUGGAAAAGCUCUACUCGGUUGAGAAGUGCCCGCAAAGUUACGAUCAGUAUGAGUUUACCCUGCCCGACCUGUACCGCAAACUAGCAAAGGAUGAGCUCCGCGAGGACGACGAGAUUCGGGAGCAAUCGUUGACGCAGAUGAGGGAGUGGAUUGCCAAACAUCCGUACAUACGCAAGUGCCGAACGGAUGCGUCGUUUCUGUUGCGCUUUUUGCGCUUCCGAAAGUACUCCGUACCGAUGGCGUGUGAGGCGCUGGAGCGAUACCUUGCGAUGCGUGAGACCUUUCCGCAGUGGUUUAAGAAUCUUGAUUGCAAUGAUCCCGCAAUGCGAGAAAUGCUUCAGGACGGUGUGUUUACGAAGCUCGGCCAAGAUGCCGAGGGCAGGACGGUGAUCCUCUUCCGGUUUGCCCGUUUCAAUGUGGACAAGUUUAGCUCACUGCAGGAAGGUCGCUUUACGGUGCUGCUGAUCGAGACCCUGCUCGAGUGUGAAGAGCUACAGAUCGGUGGCUUUCGGGUGCUGAUCGAUUAUACUGGCUCAGUGUUAAAGCACUACGGCAUUUGGGGCGUUUCGGACAUGAAGGUGUUUAUGGAUGCGAUCAACCGCUCGUACCCGAUACGGAUCCGUGAGGUGCAUGGUGCCAAGUUUCCUAAGUUUGCUGUUUCGUUACUAAACUUGCUGCUGACGUUCGCUAGCCCAAAGUUAAAGGAUCGCAUCACAUGUCACAACAGCGUCGAGGAAAUGGCAAAGCGAUGCGAAUCGACACUUUUACCCAAGGAGUGGGGCGGUGUCUGUGAUUUGCAGGAGUUCAAUCAACGGUUCCAGGAUCAUUUAGAGGACAGACGGCAGGUGCUGCUGGCGUUGGAUGAAAUGGAUAUUGAUACGACGAAUUAUACUUCACUCUGGAAACACCACGAAGCGCCCGAGAACGAAAUAGAUAGUGGAGCGAUGGGAACCUUUAGAAAGCUUGAUGUGGAUUAAAUGUCUAUCAUAAAGUAUACUUGGUGAACGAUUAUGAUACUUGAGCAUUGGUGAAUUAAGUGUUAACGUGAUUUUUAUGAUUUUUAGAGGCUACUAACCUAGUGUAUAAUUGUCGAGUUAAACAACACAGCAUAUUUCCUGAUUCAUUCAAAAUACACAAUGGUUGCUGGUACAAAUGUCUCUACUAGUUAUUUUUUCCUAUUUUCAAUAACUUCGCAAACCUAACAAAUCAUGAUAUUUUGGAAAACUGAUCUAAUCUUGAUAUGGAAACAAUUUUCACUAUCUUUCAUUUUUUCUUCUUCUUCUUUGGCACAACAACCGUUGUCGGUCAAGGCUUGACUGUACCCACUAGUGAA